AUGUCUGCAGACAAGUGUCCCGUUGACCACUCUUCCCUCUCGGCUUCGGGAAGCAAAGCAGAAUCAUGUCCAGUUGACCCUCCUACACGGUCAACUUGGUCAAGCAUCUUCGGUGGUUCAUCCUCAUCGCAGCCUCAAACCCACGCUCCCUCACAGGCCGCCACACCUGCACCCACCGGCCCCACCUCUUCACUCUCUACUGCUCGCGAAACAUCUACUAUUCCGCGCAACGAGUCUGGCGAAAGAUGGGUCUACCCUUCUGAAGCCCAAUUCUUCGCCGCCAUGGCACGCAAGAACCACAACCCGCAAGCACCAGACAUGCGCGUCAUCGUUCCCAUUCACAACGCGGUGAAUGAGCGCGCGUGGGGCGAGAUUUUGGGUUGGGAAGAGGGAAAAGGAGGAGAGAAGUGUGGUGGUGCGAAGUUGAUCAGCUUCAAGGGAAGGCCGCAGGAUCUGACACCAAGGGCGAGGUUCAAGGCGUUGAUGGGAUAUACACCACCCUUUGACCGUCACGACUGGGUCAUCGACCGCUGUGGGACACGGAUUCGCUACGUGAUUGACUUCUACACCGGCCGACCCGCGCCUGGCACUUCGAACGUAUCGUUUUUCCUUGACGUCCGACCAGCCCUGGAUAAUUGGGAGGGAGUGAAGAUGCGAACAGCCAGGUUUCUUGAUAGAUGGACAGGCUCUAUCACACAAUCUUUGUUUGGGCCUUCGCAAUCGUCGACACCUCCAAAACAGAGCUCAUGAAGCUCGCCACCAGAUGUAUCUCCUCACGUACUAUAGGGCCACACUAAUAGAGCACAACCAC